GGCUCAAGCGUUCGCAUGCCCUCCGCCUCGGCCGUUCCGAUGGCCGCCGCGCGUGGGGCUAGAGGGGCUUGCGCGCCGCUUUCUGCCGCUGCCUCGCUGGUCGAGGCGGCGGUCCGCGGGGCGGCGCUGGCGAAAGCACCCCGCAGGACGGUUGCGGCGGUGGCGCGCGCGGCGGUAUCGGCUGGCCUCUUCAGGCUGACCGAGGCGCCCUUGCUACCGGCCGAGACGCCUGCUGUGGGGCUUGGACCCGAUGGUGCGCCCGAUGCGCCGCCUGCCGUCGCCGCGGCGCGGGAGGCGCGUCGGCGAAGGCGUCGACGUCAGGCCGAGCGUCGUCGCGCUGCUGGGGCCCCUGCCGCUGCUGCGGCGGGCGGGACGGCUGGCGGCGACGACGACGGAUUGGCGGAGACCCCCACGGGCGCGCGGGCGGCGGGGGGCUCCCAUGCUGCCGCGGCUGCUGGUGUAGCAGGUGCUGCUGGGGCUGCGCGCGCGGGCUUGGAGCUCGUGCUGGCGGCUGGGGCGGCGCCUGCGGUGCCAGGCACCCCGAUGUCGGACUUCGGGUCCGACCUGGACGACGAGUGGGCGGACGGCCUCACUUCCCGCCGGCGGCGGAGGAGGCAGAGGCGGGUGCAGCCGCGCGUGGGCAGGGGCCCCGCGGCUGCUUCGACGUCGGCGGCGGCCGAGCUGGCGGCGGCGCCCUCGGCGCCUGCGGCUGGCGGUGCUGGCGGCUCGACGGCGACACUCGACGACGUCCAGGCGCUCGCGCAGAGCUUGCUCGAGCAGGUUGGUGCUUCGCCGUGGCACUUUGCCGAAGUGCGGCGCAUGCUGGGGCAGUUGCCGAGCGUGGCCCGCGGCGCGUGACGCUGGUUGGGCCUGCUGGGCCACCGCCAAGUCGGCGUGAGGCAUCGGCCAAGUCGGCGUGAGGCGGGCGCUCCUAGGGGAGCAGGCGGCGCAGUGUGUGGGGCGCUGCGCCGUUCGCCGCCUUCGCCGUCGCCGCCUUCGCCUACGACGUGCUCGUGGUGCUGGAGGGCGGCCAUCGGGUGUCGGACUCGGUGGGGGUGGCCUUUGGCUGCCGCGCGCACAGCUUGGCUGCGUGUGCUUUGCUGAUG